ACAGACGGCAUACUUUGAACUGUCGCUAUCACUUAGCGAGGCUGCUGGCAGAGCCGUAGGAGGGACAAAAGAGGCGGUUGGUGCGGUUCCUGAGCAGACCGUGACGGCACAACGUGGAGGAGAACAUGGAGCUGUACCUGGACCUCCACUCACAGCCCUGCCGCUCCGUCUAUCUCCUGGCCAAGAGGACCGGCAUCCCCUUCACCUUCAAAUCAGUGGACCUCUCUGCAGGUCAGCAGUUUGGGGAGGAUUUUGGUAAAGUUAGUGUGGUGCGGAAGGUGCCAGCUAUGAAAGACGGCGACUUUAUCCUGACAGAAAGCGUGGCUAUCCUCCAGUACAUGGUGGAGAAGUUCCCCCAGCUGGUCCCUGGUCACUGGUACCCCUCUGACCUCCAGCGUCGAGCCCUUGUCAACGAGUUCCUGUCCUGGCAGCACACCGCGCUGCGGGCCCAUGGCUCAAAGGUCUUCUGGUUUAGGGCUGUGGUUCCCGUGGUAACAGGCGUGGCUGUUCCGAAGGAGAAGAUGGACUCAGCGCUUGAGGACCUGAAGCAGACCAUGGAUUUGUUUCAGAGCAAGUUUCUAAAGGACAGCAGCUUCAUCGCUGGGGAAGAGGUUUCCCUGGCAGACCUGGUGGCCAUUGUUGAGAUUAUGCAGCCGGUUGGAACUGGUCUGGAUGUGUUUGAGGGCCAGCCAGCACUAAGUGCCUGGAGAGAGCGUGUGAAGAAGGUGAUCGGAGAGGAGCUGUUUGAUGAAGCUCACCAAAGCAUCAUGAAUGUGGACUGCCUGGCCAAAACCUUCCAGGACAACGGCAUGCUGGAGUUCCUCAAGCCUCGCAUCAACAAGAUGUUCACCUGAGCGUCAGGUCAAGCUGCUCCACUUCAGUUCACGUUUUCGUAUAUGCAGGGUGAUGAAUAAUUUUCAUUAUAGUUUCAUUUGUUUCAUUCCAAAGGUAGUUCUUGAACUUUGAUUGAGAUAUUUCUUAAUUUGUGGUGUGGAUUAAACCUUGUUUUGAGCAAUGCAA